AUGGGAGACAAAAAUAUUGAAUGGGAGCUAGAGGAGGGGAUCCCCCAGGUCGAGGAUCCCUUCAUCCAGCAGUACUUGAACGGCCGCGAAGCCUUGAUCGCCGAGGAGCAGAAGAGACGUCAUGAUGCCACCUUUCGCAAGACGCUCUCGCCCAUCGCUGCCCGGGCUUGCAAAAUUGUCUCUCAGAUUAGGGCCCAGGAGCAGGACGAGGUGUGGACCACCGGCCUAGACGAGGCAACGGCCCAUCAAUCGGACGAGAUUCUCUACCCUGGGGUUAUGUUUCAUCAUGCUAAGGGUCGCAUGGAGAAGACCAAGCUGUGGAAGAUUGUGGAAAGGAUGCCCAAGGGUUCACUGCUACAUGCCCACAUGGAUGCCAUGUUCGAUAUCGACUUUUUGAUCGACCAGGCUUUCUCCACGCCGGGCAUGCACUUCAAAUCAGAGAAACCCCUUCUUACUAAGAAGGACUACGAGGAGGUCCCAAUUAAGUUCCAAUUUUCCUCACAGCCGCUAUCCGCAUCCGAUGCUACCCCUAGUAUCUGGACCGAGGCCUACGAGACCUCAUCCUUGGUUCCUGUGCAAAAGGCUGCCUCCUCUUUCCCACAAGGCGGAGAGGCUGGCUUCCGGGACAUGAUACGCAAUCGGUGCAUGUUAACACCCGAACACUCAUACAAUCAUUAUCAUGGAGUCGACGCUAUCUGGUCCAUUUUCACACGGACCUUCCCAGUAAUUAACUCCAUACUGAACUAUGAGCCAAUCUUCCGAGCAUGCUUCCGCCGCAUGAUGACACAGCUUGCAGCAGAUGGGAUUCGAUAUGUUGAGUUCCGUAUUGCCUUUGUUUUCGAGUAUCGGAGGGAAGGUAGUGACAAACCGGAAGAAAGCUACGAUGAGUUCUGCCGGGUCUUGGAGGAAGAGAUAGAGAGCUUCAAGUCGACCGACGAGGGCAAACAUUUCUAUGAGGCCCGAAUCAUCUGGACGACUAUUCGAUCGUUCUCCAACGAAAUGAUUGUCGACAAUAUGAAAAAAUGCAUUACGACGAAGCAGAACUUCCCGGACUUGAUCUGUGGAUUUGAUCUGGUUGGGCAGGAGGAUUUAGGGAGACCCUUGGUUGACCUCAUCCCGCUGCUAUUCUGGUUCCGCAAACAAUGUGCCGAAGAGGAGGUUGAUCUCCCAUUCUUCUUCCAUGCCGGUGAAUGUUUGGGGGACGGAGAUGCGACGGAUCAUAAUUUGUUCGACGCCAUCUUACUCGGCACCCGACGGAUCGGCCAUGGAUUUUCUCUGUACAAGCACCCGCUGCUGAUCGAUCUGGUGAAGGAGAAGAAGAUUAUGGUAGAAUGCUGCCCGAUCUCCAAUGAAAUUCUCCGACUGGCCAGCUCCAUCAAGACUCAUCCACUGCCAGCUUUAUUGUCCCGUGGUGUUCCGGUUUCUCUCUGUAACGACGAUCCGGCUAUAUUGGGACAUGGGAGGAAUGGGCUCACACAUGAUUUCUGGCAGUCCCUUCAGGGAUUGCAAAAUGUCGAUCUGGCCGGUCUGGCGAUGAUGGUUCAAAAUUCCCUCCGAUGGAGCUGUUUUGAAGAUCAAUCAACCGCUGAAUGGAAAUCAGAGGUAACGGAGGGUAUAUUGGGACAAGGACUCAAGGGAACCAGGUUGCGGGAAUGGUGUUCGGAUUUCGAGAAGUUCUGCGAGUGGGUAGUGUUGGAAUUCGCGGAGUUCGAUGAUUCUGAUUAA